AUGAAAGAUAAGUCAUUGAAAUCAUUGGUGUACGAGAUUACUGCGAUUGAACGCCUUUUUUAUCGCCUGAGUGCUGCUUUUAAGAUCGAUGGUAUCUUAAAAGGUACUAUGAUCCCAAAGUCUGGAGGCGACUAUGCUUACAUUAACGAUGCUUUUGGACCCCUACCGGCAUUUCUAUACCUGUACGUGGCAUUGUUCAUCCUGGUGCCAACUGGAAACGCGAUCACAGCCCUAACGUUCGCACAAUACAUCUUGCAACCAGUUUGGCAUGGUUGUGUCCCUCCGUACGCAGCGGUGAGGCUGCUUGCCGCUGCCUACUGACGGCGAUUAAUUGCUACAACGUGAAAUGGGCGACCAGGGUGCAGGACAUCUUCACUGGAACGAAGAUUUUCGCGCUGGUGAUCAUCAUGGUCGCUGGAUUUUGGUGGCUCUGCUUGGGUCAUACGGAAAACUUUCGCCAUCCCAUGGAUGGAACCAAUACUCAACCGGGCUACGUUGCCUUAGCCGUUUAUUCAGGCCUCUUCUCUUAUUCCGGAUGGAAUUAUCUGAAUUACGUGACUGAAGAGUUGAAGGAUCCUUACAAAAAUCUUCCAAGAGCGAUUUGCAUAUCAUUGCCGUUAGUGACUGUGAUUUAUGUCUUGGCAAACAUUGCUUAUUUCGUGGUGUUAACGCAGGACGAGAUUCUGGCAUCGAAUGCUGUCGCUGUCACUUUCAGCGACAAGCUGCUAGGUGUGAUGUCUUGGAUAAUGCCAUUAUUCGUGGCUUGUUCAACCUUUGGAGCAUUAAACGGAGCAAUUUUUGCCUCAUCGCGAUUAUUUUUCGUAGGAGCUCGAAAUGGACAUUUGCCAGCUGCCAUUGCCCUCAUCAAUGUACGAAAUUUAACACCUAUGCCUUCACUUAUCUUCCUGUGCAUUAUCACCCUGGCACUUUUGAUCAUAGAGGAUGUCUAUGUGCUAAUCUAUUAUGUUAGCUUCGUUGAAGCACUAUUCACCACGCUCUCGGUGUCUGGCCUCCUCUGGCUUCGUUACAAAAGUCCUGAUCGCGAACGACCGAUAAAGGUAUCCAUCGUACUACCAAUUAUUUUUUUCAUAAUUUGUGCUUUCCUCGUGGUAUUUCCAUGCUACGUCUCUCCAUGGGAAGUGGGAGUAGGAGUAAUAAUCAUUUUAUCUGGAAUUCCUAUGUACUGCGUCUUCAUUUAUUGGAAAAAGAAGCCUAAAUGGCUUAUAAGAUCAUCUCGUAAGUACCUACCAUUAACUACUUACUACAUUUCCCAAUUUUUAUUUUAAUUAUAAUUACAUGUUACUAAAUUAAUCUCACAUUUUUUUCACAUGUUAUUCGAUGUAAAUGAUUCAAUGUAAAUAUAUGAAUCAUUUUAAAUUAUAUAUGUACUUUUGUCUUUUUAUCUUCAAGUCAGACUAUAAUUUAUCAAUAUAUAAAGUGUAAUUAAAAUAUUUAUUGUAAUUAAGAAUUCUUUAUUUUUUACAGAUAACUUCAAUAUGAUUUGCGCUAAAUUGUUUAUGUGCGUGCAAGAAGAGAAA